GCUUAUCGAAACCUCCUUGAAACUGAGUACCGAGGCAUGGACACUCGCUUAGCGGGCAUGGAAAACGUCACCGGGAAGCAGCUGUUUUUCAUUUCCAACGGAAUGGCAUGGUGCAGGUUGGCCCGCCCUGAAUACAUCAAACUAAUGAUUCAGUAUGACCCGCACAGCCCAGCCCCAUACAGGGUCAACUUGCCAAUGUCAAACCUGGAAGCCUUUUCCGAGACAUUCAACUGCCCAAAGAACUCGACAAUGAACCGCAAAGACCGAUGCAGUCUGUGGUGACGCCCACGAUGGUGUUGAAGGAAGACUACAAAGCUUGAAUCCAUCUACGUUUUCCUUUUUUUUUUUUUCACGGUGGUUGUCCAGGCAUGUACCAAGUAGGAGAACUGCUGAAAUAAACGACAUUGAACUCCAUGA